AAUUUAGUAUUUCAAAUGGACGGGUCUCAUAUUGAACAUAGCGGCAGUGAUUCCGAUUCGGGUGAAAGUUGGACAAUAUUGGAGGCUUCUCCAGGUUAUUCAGAUGGAGUUCCCGAAUUACCAGAGAACGCUCCCGAAGGACUACCUCAUAACAGAGACACUAUUGAAGUAAUUGGUGAAAAAGAUGAAGAUACUGAUGGUAUAUCUAUUAUUAGUGAUAGUGACCCAGAAACAUCAUUUCCCUGUGAAAUUAAUUACCACACAUGUCUUUUAGAAGAGGCACUUCCAACCGAUCAACAAAAUACACGAUAUUUCUCAGUGAAUCCAUUAGCUUCUAACUGUAAUACUAGUUCUCACAAUAAAUCAGUGAAGAGUGAGGAAGAUUUUCUUGGAGAUAAUUCUGGAAUUCAUAAAACAUAUGUACACAGAAGAAACAAAAGGUUAAGUACUGUCCUUAACAUUAUAGUAUUGGUAAGUGUUAUCACUGCAGCUGGAGUCGCUAUUGGUCAUAUGUGGGGUGUUAAAAAUGAUUGCACAAUGCAGAGUAUACCUUCUGUAAAUAAAAUAUUAUCCAAUUUAUAUAAACUGCAGGAAGAGAAUGCUUACUUACGCAGUAAAUUGAAAGAGUUAACACUGGUUAAUAAUUUACAAAUAAAACAAAAAAAAGUUGGCUCAGAAAAGUGGUUGAAACAAAAUAAAUGCAAAAAAGUAUUUGAGGAGUCAUUGAGUAAUAGAAAUGUUGACACAUACACAAAGUGUGUUGAUAUUAAUCAUAAUGCAAAUGUUCAAUCUCAUGUUGUAGUGGGUUCUGAUUAUGAAAAAGAUAUUUUAAAUAUUAAUCAGCUUAAACCAAUUGGACAGAACAAGAGUCUGUUAGAUGACGAAAUAUUAAAAAAAACGGGCCCAAAAAAGCAAAUAAUAAGCAAACAUAUGCUAGAAUCUCUAGAAAAGAAACCAUUUAAAGAUAUGAAUUUGGAGCGGCAGUUGAAAAAAAUAAGACGAGCAUCAGCUUCAUCAGAGCCACUACAAAAUGAACCUCUAGAAAUGUCCGAAAGUGAUAAAUUGAAAUCAGAAAAGAAAAUAAGUUACUCUGAUUCACUCCAAAUGGAAACCAAAGGAAAAAUAUUCGACAUAAGAGACACAAAUAUACAUACUGAUGAUGUCAUAAAGGAAUAUCCUUAUAAAUAUAAGGUAAAAAAAAUACAUGAGACAAUUUCAGAAUAUUCUAUUAGUGGUGAUGAAGAAUUAAAGAAAGAUGACAGAUAUAUUGCUCCAAGACAUAAACAAGAAAAAAAGAAACAUGACCGUCAGAAGUCACACAAAAAACAAAAAAGAAAGAAUAAAUAUGAGCAGUGGCAAAUGAAAGGAGGAUACCUGAAAGAUUAUGAUGUCUUAUCUAUAUCAUCAUCUGAGAGUGCAGAAAUACAAAAUAAUAGUGACCAACAGAAAAGCAAAGUAAAUGAUAAUAAAAACAAUGUCAGUAUAAUACAUGAAAGUGAUGAAAAUAUUCAACAUGUGUCUUCAAUCAAACCUCCACCAAAAGGAGGAAGAAAACUUAUAAAAGGUAAAACUGGUAAAGAUAAAAACGCAACUUGGUUUGACAAUAGGGCAUUGUUUCGAAUGGAAGCCAGAAAGAAACUUAAUUUUGAGCUUUUUGGUGAAAUAAGUUCAAAUACUGCAGGGUGGUAUUUCCGUCGCAUGCAAAGGCGAGAGCACUGUAGAGCCAAGGGCGACAACACCACUCAUAGGAAAUUAACCAAACGCAAUAUGAAUUUUAAAAUGAAACAUUAAACAUAUUUGCAACCUGCUUGUGUAUUGAGGAUGACUAUAUAGAGAUGGUGAAAAAUUUAAGAAUUUUCCUGUUAAAGAAGUAAUUGUUUGUAGGAGAGUAGGAUGAAUGUUAAAAUAGUACACCAGGAUAGGAUUACAGAAAUUUAUAUAUUUAGGCAUUUCAAACUAAAACAUUGUAGUCGGUGCAUGUUUAUAUAUUUAUCCAUUUAUUCAAUCAAUUCUCUAUAUUUUUACUAUUUAGUAGUAUUAUUAAUGUUAGUGAUUACAUCUUGUACAUUGAUUUUUGAAGUUGAAGAUACUGCUUACAAAAUAUUUUGUAAUGAAUUAUUAUUAUUUAGAUAUAUUAUUAUAUAGUAAAGUAAUAUUUUUGUACUUUAUCAUAAUUAUAAUUUCAUCUCAAAUUGAUCUUGUUACUGUAUAAUUACUGCUACAGUAUAAUUGUACGGAUUUAUUUAGCAGACUAUAUCUCGGUGCUGUUCACUAUUAUUCAGCUGGCGCUGAAUUUGUGUUGGAGAACUGGAGCAAGAAUCUUAUAUCUAAUAAUCUUAAUUAUUAUUCUUACUUCAUUUCUGCAACUUUUGACAUUGAUUAACAGGUUUGACCACAUUUAUGUAUUCCUAUAAUUUAUCUACUGUAUUUCGAUUCCAAAUAUAAUACAACACUGGUUAGUGAUAAACUGUAAGUAUCUUAUAGUCCUCAGAAUUAUCUACGGUGUAGAUAUUGUUUUUUUAUAAUAACAUUGUUUUAUGAUAGGUUUAGUUAUUGUAUGACUCCCAUACUAUCUGGACCCUCAAACCGCCGUCUAGAUUUUUAUCUAUUUCUUGAUAUAAUUAUUUAUUUUAGUUUGUGUUACUUCAAGAAGUACAUUUUAAUAUUUCGGUAGAUACCAUUAUUCACGUGUAAGGAAUAAAAUUUUAGAAAUAGUUUACCAUAUUUCUUAUGUAACUUUGCGACUAUCGACUAUAAAUUCACGACAUAGUAUGUACAUGCAUAAUUUUAUUUCUGAAAAUAUGCAAUAUGAU